AAUUAAUCUUUACGCUUCUCUCUCUGCAAUUACUCCUUGAGAGCAUCUCUCUCUAGAAUAUUGAGUAUUGCUGACUUGAGCGUUGGAGUGUUUUCCCCGAGAAAACAUCCUCGGGAUUUUCAGGUGUAGAAGCAGCUGAAGACUUCAACAGUGUUGGAUUGUGAAGCUGCCGAAACAUUGGUGCCGUCUGUGGGAACUCGAACAAGAAGUUGUGUGACUUAACCUGCUGAAAGACAAAAUGGUCCGUACUUUUACAGGAGGUCGCCCUCCAAGAAAUGAGAGGGACGAACAGGAGGACGCCCAAGCAUCUGAGCCCGGCUUAAAUGAUUUUAGGCCAAUGCCCAGAAACCUUUUUGUUGAGGGAGCAGAACAGGAUCACCUAAGCGAAACAGAUGAUAAUGAAAGAACACCAACUGGGUAUGCAACCCAGCCUGAACAAUUCCAGGCCCCAACAGGAACAAGAUCAAGACCUUCUAGACAAUACAAUUCACAGCGUGAACGACCUGAAAGGUCGAUAGAACCUGCUCGGACUGCCGAGCUCGAAGAGAGAACCGGAGUUCUCGAAAUGGCAAUGGGAAAAAUCCUUGCCCGACUGAUUCCUGAUGACCCCCUGAUUCCUUUGUUGAACAGGGAUGCGCAACCAGCUGCGGUUGUUGCAACUCGAAACUCCCCCGCUCUAAGCAACAUAGUGGUGCCGACCAGACCAAGGGGAAGUGGAAAACUAAAUAUCGAGCCCAGCUCAUCCAAACACGGCGAAGAACUGUUGAAGAAGAACGCAGAUCUUGAAAGGCAGCUACGAGAUGUGCAAAAGUCUAUAGACGAGCUGAAAAGUCCCAGGUCGUAUCAGCAAACUCUGGAUUUAGAUAGCGCCCCGUUGAACCUAUCCAUCACAGCAGAACCGUAUCAAGAGGGAUUCAAAAUUCCCCAUUUAGAGACGUAUGAUGGCUCGGGCGACCCGGAUGAACAUCUGCACACUUAUCAAGCCAUCAUGAGAAUCCAAAACGCCAAUGACGCCAUGAUGUGCAAAGUGUUCCCAGCAACACUUAAGACAACAGCCAGGAGAUGGUAUCACAAACUCCCCAGACAUUCCAUAGACUCGUACUCCCAGCUCGCUAAGCUAUUCUCCAACAAAUUUGCGAGCCAAAGGGAGAUUAAACGUACAGCGACUGAAUUAAUGCAGGUUCAUCAAAAAGAGGGAGAAUCUUUGAGGGACUACAUGCAACGAUUCAACAAAGCUACUUUGGACAUUGAUAACGUCCCCGAUACCAUCUGCUUAUCUGCCUUGUUGCAUGGCCUGAAGCCUGGCCGGUUUUUGGACGACCUACUGGAGAAUCCGCCCAAGUCAUGGAAUGAAGUAAAUGACAGGUCGGCGAGCUUCAUAUUGUCCGAAGAUUUUCAAUCUUCCAAGAGACGAGCUGAUGACAGGCACGGAAAAGAGCCCAAGCAGCCUGAAAACAGAGAUGACAAGAAGAAACAGAAGGUUGGCGAGCAGAGAGGGAAACCACCCUCUUAUCCAAAAUAUGACAGCUAUAUACCCCUGAGCUCGUCACGAUCCCAGAUAUUGUCACAGAUACAGCAUUGGGUCAAGAGACCCCCUCCACAAACACAUGAUUCUUCACGAGCUGACAGAAGCAAAUACUGCGAUUAUCACCGUGUCUACGGCCAUAACACAGAAGACUGUCAGAGUCUGAAGGACGAGCUCGAAUUCUUGGCUCGCAAUGGAAAGUUGGAGGGGUAUGUGCAGAAGCCUUUUGUUUGGCAACCCGCCCAGACCCAUUUUGUACAAGAGUACGGCCGACCUCAAGCACCUGGGUAUCAGCUCGGUAGCAAUCCAAAUUCUUACCAGACAGGUCCGUACUCAUUUGAGCCGAACAGAGCAUACAGAGGACGCCCGUUCAAUAGGCGUGGGCAAGGACAGAAAGCACCUACGCAGAACCAAAAAGACCACAGAGGAGUCGGGUACGGUGGAAUACCCCCGCCAUCGGGCACAAUCAAUAUGAUCUCUGGUGGUAUACAUGCAGGAGGUCAAAGCGCCCGAACCCGCAAGGCGUACGCUCACCAGGUGAUGACAGUAAAUAAGAACCGGCCUCUUAAGCGUCCAUUUGAGGAGGCAGGGUGGGAGAACACGACUAUAACGUUCAGCCCGGCAGAUUACCAACGAGCAGGAGAGCCUGACGUCGUGAUGCCUCAUGCGGAUCCUUUUGUAGCAACAGUCCAUAUAGGCAACUAUAACGUCAACAAGGUUUUCAUUGACACUGGGAGCUCGCCUGAUAUCCUGUAUUGGAGCUGCUUUCAAAAGAUGCAGCUGAACCCCAGCUCGUUACAAAAAUAUGAAGGGCCUAUCUAUGGGUUCGACAAUCAACCUGUUCCAGUGGAGGGAGUAAUUACACUUCCCAUUUACGUGGGCUUGGAACCACGCUUCAGGAUGGCUUCAGUCAGCUUCCUGGUCGUCAAAAUGGAAUCAGCCUUCAACGCCAUAUUAGGAAGGGCUACUCUGUGCGAACUGAAGGCUGUCAUCUCACAACCCCAUCUCUGCAUGAAAUUUCCAACGCCUCAGGGGGUAGGAGUGCUGAAGGGGAAUCAGAGGAUGGCCAGGGCAUGUUAUCAGGAUACGUUCAAGAAGGUUGAGCUCGCUGUAGCCCCUAGAGGAUCUGAAAGUAGUAGGCCGACUCAGCCCGGCCAACAGACAAUGAGCAUAUCGGACAUUGAGCAUAGACCCAAGGGAGUCGAGCAGAAAGCAGAGCCGGUAGAGCCAAUAGAAACCGUUCCUUUAAACCCUGAUGUGCCGGAAAGGACAGUCAAGAUCGGCACCAAGCUCACAGAAGAAGAGCGAGCAGAGCUUCUGGAGUUUUUGAGGGUCAAUCAAGAUGUGUUCGCGUGGACUACUGACAAAAUGCCUGGCAUCCCAGCGGAGCUGACAGUCCACAAACUCAGUACGGACCCCACCAGAAGACCGGUGGUGCAGAAACGUCGCCUCUUUGGCCCAGAGAAACAAGCUGCCAUAGACGAGGAGAUACAGAAGCUGCUACAAGCAGGCUUCAUCAGGAGAGUGGAGUAUUCUGAGUGGGUAUCUAACCCCGUGCUCGUCAAAAAGUCGAAUGGCAGGUGGAGGAUGUGUAUUGACUUCACCAACCUCAAUGACGCAUGUCCAAAAGACCCUCACCCCUUGCCAAGUGUGGAGAAAUUAGUGGAGCGAGCAGCUGGGCAUGAACAGAUGAGUUUUCUUGACGCCAGCUCGGGCUAUCACCAGGUUCAGUUGCUGUUGGACGAUCAGGAGAAAACAGCUUUCUAUGCUGGUGACGCUAUCUAUUGCUAUGUGAUGAUGCCAUUUGGCCUGAAAAAUGCUGGCGCUACAUAUCAGAAGCUGUGCACAUUCGCUGUAGAAUCAGGAAAAUUCCUAGGAUACGUGGUAUCCAAGAAAGGAAUUGAAGUGAACCCAGAGAAGGUUUUGGCUGUUCAGCAGAUGGAGCCACCCAAGACUGCGUUUGACGAGCUCAAGCAGUAUCUGGCAUCUGCACCCCUGCUAUCUAAACCUGUGGAAGGGGAGAGUUUAUACCUAUACAUGGGAGUUACAGGAGAGGCAGUGAGCUCAGUUUUGCUCAGGGAAGAGAACAAGAAUCAGAAGCCUAUUUGCUACGUGAGCAAGGUUUUACAAGGUGCAGAGCAGAACUACCCAUUAGCAGAAAAGGCCGCAUUUGCCCUGGUUUACACAGCUCGUAAGUUGAGGGCUUAUUUCCAAUCGCAUCGGAUCGUUGUCUAUACCGAUUUGCCAUUGAGAAAAAUACUCCAGAAGCCUGAACUCUCUGGUCGACUUAUUGGAUGGAGCGUCGAGCUGAGUGAAUAUGACCUCAAAUUUCAGCCACGUACAACCAUAAAGGGCCAGGCCAUCGCGGACUUUCUGGUAGAAUGCAUUUCAGCAACUAAAGAAGAAAAAGCACCUGAGCACCCAGUCUGGGUUUUGUAUGUGGAUGGAGCUGCUAGCAUUGAAGGAUCGAGUGCUGGGGCUGUACUAGUGGGCCCAGAUGGUUUUAAGUCUGAACACGCACUGAGGUUUAAGUUUCAGGCGACUAAUAACGCUGCAGAAUAUGAAGCCCUCAUUUAUGGAUUAAAGCUGGCGUCCGAGCUGAAGGUACAAAGCAUUCAAGUUUUUAGCGACUCUCAGCUCGUCGUGGGCCAAGUGAAUGGCAAUUGUGAAGUCAGGGAUCCCCAGCUCGAUCGUUAUGCCUCUGUGGUCAGCAGAUUGAAGUCAAUGUUUGUCUCUUUUCAAAUUAAUAAAAUACCGAGAGCAGAUAACCACCGAGCCGACGAGCUGUCCAAAUUGGCCUCCUCGCAGGACAUUAACCCUCAGAGGUCAACAAUCGUCGAGGUGCUUGACGCCCCAAGCUACACCGAUCUCGCAGCCGAAUGCCAACUAUUGAGUACGGAUCCCUCUACACCGAGCUGGACCACCCCGCUAAUAAGUUAUUUACAAAGUGGCGAGCUACCUGAAGACCAGUCCGAUGCAAAGCUGGUUAGACGCAGGGCGGUACAUUUCACUUUGAUAAACAACCGGCUCUAUAAACGAGCAGCCUCAAUGCCCCUAUUACGCUGCCUUACUCCCUAUGAAGCUGAAUACGCUGUGAGAGAAGUUCACGAAGGGGACGCGCAGAGUUAUGUCAAAAAGUGCCCGACCUGCCAGUUCAAUGCUGAUAAUAUUCACAUGCCAGGGGAAAUGCUAUCAUCUCUCACGUCUCCCUGGCCCUUUGCUCAAUGGGGUGUCGACCUACUCGGCCCAUUCGUCAAAGGCAAAGGAGGCUGCACCUUCCUGGUCGUUGCAGUGGAUUACUUCACUAAGUGGAUAGAAGCUAAACCAUUAUCCACGACAACAGGAAGGAAAAUAGAAGAAUUCCUGUUCAACUCGCUAUUGUGCAGGUUCGGCAUACCUAAACGGAUCAUUGCCGACAAUGGGCCACAGUUCCGAGCAACAGCACUGAGAUCGUUUUGUAACGACUAUGGCAUCGAGCUCGCCUUGACAUCCGUGUACACUCCACAGUCUAACGGGCAAGCCGAAUCCGCCAAUAAAAUCGUCUUGCGAGGCCUCAAGACACAUGUCUUAGCCGCACAUUCUAAUUGGGUUGACGAGCUCAAUAAAGUGCUCUGGUCUUGUCGUACUACUCCAAGCUCGGCCACGGGCGAAACCCCUUUCAGCAUGGCUUAUGGAUCUGAGGCUGUCAUCCCAGUAGAGAUCGGGCUACCAUCUAAUAGAUCAGAUCGUCAUUACGAUCAGAAUAAUGAACAACUCUUAAGAGAGAACCUAGACCUUGUAGAAGAAAUCAGGGAGAUGUCCCGAAUAAGAAACAUGGCACGCCAAAGUCGUGUUGCAAAAUUUUACAAUAAAAGAGUUCGAGCUUGCCAGUUUCAAGUCGGCGAUCUAGUCCUACGUAAAGCUGGGUUAACUAACGCUUAUUCACGCAUGGGCAAGCUCGCCCCUAAUUGGGAAGGCCCCUAUAUGGUUGUUCAAGUUAAACGACCUGGCUCUUACGUGUUAGCAGAUAUACAGGGACGUCAGUUGCCUUACAUUUGGAACGUACAUAAUCUUAGGAAGUUUUACAGUUAGCGUGUAUAUUAUUAGUGCUCAGGUCGUUACUGGUCAUUUGUAAACAGUGAUUUACUGAACAUUCAACACAGAAAUUUUGGAAACAAAAGAUUCAACUUUGUAUUUCAUCAAUGAAGUUUUACAUGUAUA